GCCAGACAAGCACCGCCCGGGCUCGCACAUAAAAGCGGCCGCUGCUUUUCCUUCUGCCACCUUCCUUCGCUCCCUUCUUCCCCACACCCACCGCAACUUACCUCACCACAGCUCCCCCCAUCUUCUCCCAAUCUUCAUCGCAUAUCUAUCGCUAAUAUGUCGGACGACGUUGCUGCCGUAAGUGUCUCCUCGCCUCGGUGGCCUUCACCUCACUGCUCGCGCGGUCCUGGCGGCUCCUCAUCUGGAUGGCGAGAUUGCGGAUUCGGGGUUUUCCCACUUUUUCCCACUCCCGCAGUUUCACAUCUCUACGUGAUGAACACACUCAUCUUACGCUCCUUCUCUUCUCUUUUUCAUACAGCUCGUUAUUGACAAUGGUUCCGGUAUGUGCAAGGCCGGUUUCGCCGGUGAUGACGCACCUCGUGCCGUGUUCCCUUCCAUCGUCGGAAGGCCACGACACCAAGGUGUCAUGGUCGGCAUGGGACAGAAGGACUCCUACGUCGGUGAUGAAGCCCAGUCCAAGCGUGGUAUCCUGACCCUCAAGUACCCCAUCGAGCACGGUAUCGUCACCAACUGGGACGACAUGGAGAAGAUCUGGCACCACACUUUCUACAACGAACUUCGUGUCGCCCCUGAGGAGCACCCCGUUCUUCUUACGGAGGCUCCCCUCAACCCCAAGGCCAACAGGGAGAAGAUGACCCAGAUCAUGUUCGAGACCUUCAACACUCCCGCGUUCUACGUUGCUAUCCAGGCCGUCCUGUCCUUGUACGCAUCUGGACGUACCACCGGUAUCGUGCUCGACUCUGGAGAUGGUGUUUCCCACACCGUCCCCAUCUACGAAGGUUACGCUCUUCCCCACGCCAUCCUUCGUCUCGACCUCGCUGGUCGUGACUUGACCGACUACCUCAUGAAGAUUCUCACCGAGCGUGGUUACUCGUUCACUACCACGGCCGAGCGUGAAAUCGUUCGUGACAUCAAGGAGAAGCUGUGUUACGUUGCCCUCGACUUUGAGCAAGAGAUGCAAACGGCCGCGCAGUCUUCUGCCCUCGAGAAGUCCUACGAGCUUCCUGACGGUCAAGUGAUCACCAUCGGCAACGAGCGUUUCCGUGCCCCGGAAGCCCUCUUCCAGCCCUCGUUCUUGGGUCUUGAAGCCGCCGGUAUCCACGAGACCACCUACAACUCCAUCAUGAAGUGUGAUGUCGACAUCCGUAAGGACCUGUACGGAAACAUCGUCCUCUCUGGCGGUACCACCAUGUACCCCGGAAUCGCCGACCGCAUGCAGCGCGAGAUCACUGCUCUUGCUCCAUCCUCCAUGAAGAUCAAGAUUGUCGCUCCCCCGGAAAGGAAAUAUUCUGUGUGGAUCGGUGGAUCCAUCUUGGCCUCCUUGUCCACUUUCCAACAAAUGUGGAUCUCGAAGCAGGAGUACGACGAGAGCGGUCCUUCAAUCGGUAAGUAAUUCCAGCCGGUCAACUAGUCCGUUGUAACUUGAAAACUUACCCUCUUCCCCUCCUUUCUUUUCUACAGUGCAUCGCAAGUGCUUCUAAACCUGCUAGUAUCACAUAAAUGGUUGCGAAAUGUGCUCUCCACGGCUUUUUAUACGUUAGGAGCCUUCCCAUACCGCCUUCAUACCGUCUUUAUACCUUUCCUUGCCUGUCGUGAAACCUAAUAAAACGCGCUUAUCACAUUAUCCUGCACUCUCGUCGAGCCGCUUGCUGCUGAGCCCUCUAAAAGAUGUGGAGAGUAAUAACACUUCCAGCGCACUGCUGGUAGCGGUCUUUCGAUUUCCCUGCGUGGGUUGUCCUUUUGCAGCUGUAUAUAUACAGUACGUACACAUAUAAUGCUUGGCCGUCACGGCAA